CUACGAGCCACACCAGUCCGGUACACCCGUCCAAAUAGGUAAUGUCUCGUCCGGAUAUAAGAUGUACGCAGCGAAGUAUGGCCUGCAUGCCACACAGCACACGAUCGUCUGCAUCUGCAAAAAGAGAGACGGCAAACACGAGAUGUGUUCAUGGUUCAUGCGUCUGUCCGCGCGUAUGUGUUGCACUUGUGGCUGGCGUACGUCGACGGCAGCGAUGGGGGUGUGGCGGGGCUGGCGAUCGUCUGCGUGGCGGCGAGAAGGUGGGCUUCAAUGGCCUUGAGAUUGGUGAUCAUGCCGCUCAACUCCGCCACCACAUCCGCCAGGCUGAUGCGCUCGGAGGGGAGGACCUUGAGGCAGUUGGCGGAUAGCAGCUCGUGUCUCGAGAUGGUCUCCCCCAGCCACUCGAGCCCCUCCUCAUGAGUGCGGUCGUGGAGGUGCCUGGUGCCCUCGUCCAU